AUGGUGGUCAUCUGCGAAUAUGACAACGCAAACAGAAAAAAUAACCGCCUGCAAAUAUUCAACGUGGAUGAGGGCAAGCCAAUAAACUCCCUCUUACAGGGCCAGAUUCAACCCUUAGGAGUUGCAGUGACACGCGACCAACAGAGCGUUGUUGUGACGGAUUGUAAAGAAAAAAGGGUGAAAAUAGUUUCCCUAGCCACGGGGUCUGUCGUGGCCGAAAUUGGAAAGGGUCAGUUUGGCUGGCCGUACGGGGUGGCCGUUAACAGUAAAGGUCAUAUUAUUGUUAGUGAUGCCUUCAACGACUCUGUUGCUGUUUUUAGCGCAGAAGGCAAAAAAAUUCGAACGUUUGGCUCAACUGGAAGCCACCCAGAACAGUUUAGAAACCCUUACCAUGUCGCCGUAGACUCAAGGGAUAAAAUUUACGUCAGUGACUGUGGGAACAACUGUGUUAAGGUUGGUUGA